AUGACACUAACAGAUCAAGAAAUUUCAACGAUAGCCACCGAAGAUAAUAACCAUGAAUGCGAUGUAGAAAAAGUUAAUACUUUAGUACCCACGAGUGCCGCUCAGGCUGUGCUGGUUCACUCAACGCCCAUGCCAGAGAAUGCUAUCACAGUUGUAGGCCCGGAUUUCAAUAAAAAAUUAUCGAUUGAUAAACUAAUAAGUAGUUAUGAAAGAAUUGGUUAUCAGGCAACAAGUGUUGGAAAGGCUAUACAAAGAAAAUGGCGAUUAUCGGAUGAACCAAUAUCGCCUGACGAGAGUGAUGAAUAUAAACUACCGGACAUACGAUCAGCCACCAAAUUUCAACAUUCGCUCGUGGAUGUAAUUGUCACAACUGCGGGCGGCGUUGAAGAAGAUUUCAUCAAGUGCUUGGGGUCCACGUAUCUAGGAGAUUUUCAUUUACCAGGUGCUCAGUUGAGAAGAAACGGAAUGAAUCGAAUUGGUAAUUUGUUGGUACCUAACGAUAAUUACUGUAAAUUUGAGGAUUGGGUGGUGCCCAUCUUAGAUAAGCUAUUGGAAGAACAGAGAAAUGAAAACAAUAUCCCAGUAUAUUGUCCGGCUAUCACUGAUGGAUCACUGGGAGAUAUGAUUUAUUUCCAUUCAUUCAAAAAUCAAGGGCUUGUUAUAGACUUAGUGUCGGAUAUAAGAUCAAUGAACAAUCAGGCAGUUUUUGCUAAGAAAACCGGAAUGAUUAUACUGGGAGGAGGAUUGGUAAAACAUCAUAUAUGUAAUGCAAAUCUUAUGAGGAACGGAGCGGAUUAUGCGGUUUAUAUAAACACUGGACAAGAAUUUGACGGAAGUGACUCGGGAGCAAGGCCAGAUGAAGCUGUUAGUUGGGGAAAAAUCAGAAUGGCGGCCGAAUCAGUCAAGGUUUAUUGCGAUGCUACUAUCGUAUUUCCAAUUAUUGUGGCAGAGACUUUUGCUAAAGAUUUUAAUGAUCAACAGAAAUAA